AUGCGGAAGAUGCUGAAGAAGAGGGCCGAAUUCUAUCAGAAGGCCGAGAAGGAGGGAGAUGAGAUGGAUAUUGAUGGGAGGAGGGCGUUGGCAAUGCCGGAACUUGAUGCUCUCGACGAGAAAUGGGAGAAGGAGGAGAUGCUCGAAAUGGCCAGGGACAAAAUGAAGAAUAUGACCGAGGAGCAGAAGGCCAUGGUCGGCCCCAUGCAUCUCGUUCGGCAAGCCGUCAAGCUGGGCAUGACGAUGGCUGGGAAGAACGUGUCGGACUUUGAGAAGAAGAACGUGAACCUCAUCUCGCCGCGGAUCUUCUCGCUGGUGCCGGAGAAUGAGGAGAGGACCAAGGACGAGAUCAACCUCCUCUCCCCGUCCGUGUUCUCCCUCCAUCAAGACGGUGAUGACCUCGAGAAGUCCCUAUCGAUGGGAAAAGCCCUUCGAACCGUUGGACUUGACCCUGACACGCAGCAGUUGAUGGACAUGAUCGUCGAGGCGGCUGGGGUCAGCGAUGCCGUUGAUUCGAUUAAGAACUCGAAAUUCGCCGAGCUCGAGCGCAAGGAGGAAAUUCGAGGGCCAAACGGGGAGCCGCUGUUCUGGACAAGGGAGAACGCCUCGCUGGCGCUUGGGAAGGAGGAGCUCAAAAAAAUCGACGUCAUGGAGCACUUACACAAGAUGUAUACGCCUAGUCAGAUGGAAGAAAUGCGCGCGACCGGCUACACGACGAUGACCCCACGGCAGCUCGAUUUCGUCUACGGCCCCCGUUCGCCCUACAACAACUCCGAGACGCUCGACAAGUUUAGAGGAAUGAAGCUCGGCCGCGCUGAAGUAGAUGAACACAUCCAGAACACAAUUCGGGACGUCGCGCUGCGGAAGAUCGAGUUCAAGGCGGAUCCGACGGAGGUGCACAAGGAGUUGGACGCGUUUAAAGGGUCCAGGAAAAAGGACAUCGUCUUGUCGCCCAUCUCGUUCCUGUUGGCGUUGAACAAUCCGGCGCUCGUCUCGCAGCCUGUUAUUUUAUCCCCGGUCAUCUUCUCGGCCCUGGUCUGCUCUCCAGCCGUCUUCGGUGCCAUCAUCCUAUCCCCAUGGCUUUUCGUGGCUGCCAUUCUGUCACCCCGUGUUCUCUCGCCGGUCAUCCUCAACCCGUUCGGCUUCGUGCCCAUCAUCCUGACACCAUUGGCCCUCGAUCCGAUCAUCCUCUCGCCCGGCAUCUUCAACCCGUUCGUGCUCUCGCCGCUCGUGCUCUGCCCGUUCAUCUUGUCACCACAGGCAUUCACCCCGCUGAUCCUCUCCCCACUCGCCCUGAACCCGUUCAUCUUGACGCCGAAUCUGAUC